GACUUUUCACCAAAAAGAAACAAAAUAAGCCAUCGUGUUUCUGACUUCCAAUCACAUAGAAGUGAACUUUGAGAUUCAACCAUUUGACAAAAAAUUAAGAAAAAAGAAUUUGAGUUUUCUUAGUGUGUAAUGCCUGCAAGAGACGACUCUCUAUGGUUUUCUUCAACAACAAAACCAACUACCCUUUAAGGCUUUAGCCCUCAUCAUCCAUUAUUGAAGAGUUUCAAUUCCCUAAAUCCCAGAAUCAACAAGCAAUUCUUGAAAUAUUUUUUUCCUCAUUUUUUGUCCCCAUGGCAUGUUUUUUGUACUAAUAGAAGCAUAGUGUUCUAAUUUCUUCAGCUACAAAAUCUAUUACCCUUUAACCCCUACAACCCCACAAAGCAAUACUUGAAGAGUUUCAAUUACCUAAGUCCCACAACCCCACAAGCAAUUCUUGGAUUUUCUCUCUCAAUUUUUGGCCCCCAUGCCAUGUUUUUAGUACUAAUAGAAGCCUAUUAUUCUUAUUUAUGCUCCAUAUUAAUACUCAUUUUGAACCCCACAAGUAAUUCUUUGAUUGUUUUUUCUCAAUUUUUGUCCCCAUGACUUGUUUUUAGUACUAAUAGAAAGCUUAGUGUUCUAAUUUCUUUAACAACAAAAUCUACUACCCUUUAACCCCCACAACCACAUCAUCCAUUCUUGAACCCCUAAAUCCCACAACCCCACAAGCAAUUCUUGAAAAUUUUUGCUCAUUUUUGUUCCCAUGACAUGUCUUUAGUAAUAGAAGCAUAUUGUUCUAAGUUCUUCAACAACAAAACCUUAAAGACAAGUCAAACAACCCCACAAGCAAUUCUUGGAUUUUUCUCUCCAUGACAUCUUUUUAGUAAUAGAAGCAUAUUAUGUUGUUCUAUUUUCUCCUUGAUCCAUAAGUAGAUAUAUUAAUACUCAUUCUGAAUCCGCUGACUCUAAAUUCUGAAUUUGCGUCUCAACAAUUGAGAUGCCUUUUACAAGAAAAGCAUUUUCACUGUUUUCAAGUUCCUCUGCAUCUACUUCACCUUCACACGAGUCUCCCAAAAGUUAUGGAGGUGGAGAAAGGCGGCUUACUCGGCUGCGUAAACUGAGACAUGUUGAUGAUGAUGAUAUUGAUUUGCACCCAAAUGUUGGCUCUCAAUCCAUGCCAGUUUCUCCUGAUUGCUAUAAGAAUUCAGGGUCACCAGUGUCUCGAUCCUCUCGGUAUCAGAAGCCUUGUCACUGGUCUAAAUCCGUCAAGCCUCAGCCUUUGCCGCUACCUGAGCUAAAUUCUGUUCAGAAACAAAGUACUAGUGAUGCUAAUAUGCCUGCCAGAGUCCAAGGGGAUGCUUCAAAUUGUGCUGUCAUAAGGGAUCCUUCUCAUCAAACUCCAGUAGAGACGGGAAACUCUAAGCAUAAAAGAUCAUCUACUCCAACUUAUCGCCGUCGGCAUUUCUCUCAGGAUCAAAAUUCUGAAGGCGUUGAAGAGAAUUUCAGACUUAACGUUCCUGCUAGAAGUGCUCCAGGCAGCGGUUUUACAAGUCCGAAUCUUAGCCCAAAACAAUAUGGCACAGCAGACCUUUUCCGUCCUACAUUUCAUCAGGCAUCAUCGCCCCCCGACAGUUCUUUGGAUAGACAUGCAGGUUAUUCUAUCCAACUUUCAACUGCUAGGGUUACACAGAGCGCUGAUCAUUCUCCCCUUAGUAGCCCGAGAUUACAUCCAGUUAACAGAAUUUGGAACCACCAAAACGGUUCUCUGCAUUCACAUCACAAAUCACUCCCGGAAAGUCCUGUAGAUUGGCCCGAAGGCAAUAAUGUGCACCCGCUACCCCUUCCACCCAGAGUUUCACAACAGCCACAAUUACCUACCAGUCAGAACAAUAUAGAUAAACCAGAUAUACCAUAUGUAAAAGGUCAAUGGCAAAAGGGGAAACUCUUAGGUCGUGGUACUUAUGGAAGUGUAUAUGAAGCUACUAACCGUGAAACUGGUGCUUUGUGUGCAAUGAAAGAAGUCGAUCUCAAUCCAGAUGAUCCUAAAUCUGCUGAAUGCAUAAAACAGCUAGAACAGGAAAUAAAAGUUCUCCAGCAUUUAAAGCACCCAAAUAUCGUCCAAUAUUACGGCAGUGAAAUAAUGGAAGACAGUUUUUGCAUAUAUCUGGAAUAUGUUCAUCCAGGAUCAAUUAAUAAGUAUGUCCGGGAUCAUGGUGGAGCUAUGACAGAGUCAAUAGUUCGAAAUUUUACACGGCAUAUAGUAUCAGGGCUGGCUUACCUACAUAGCACUAAGACGAUACACAGGGACAUUAAGGGGGCAAAUUUGCUUGUUGACGCAUCGGGAAUUGUCAAGCUUGCAGAUUUUGGAUUAGCAAAACAUCUCUCGGGCUGUGCAACUAAUCUAUCUCUGAAAGGGAGUCCGCACUGGAUGGCUCCGGAGGUAAUGCAGGCUAUGAUACGGAAAGAUGCCAAUCCAGAGCUUGCCUGUGCUAUUGAUAUAUGGAGUAUGGGUUGUACCGUCAUUGAAAUGUUCACUGGAGAACCCCCUUGGAGUGGAUUAGACGGGGUGAAAGCUAUGUUCAGUGCGCUGAACAAAUCGCCACCUGUACCUGAAACAUUGUCUUCAGAAGGAAAGGAUUUCCUCCGGUGCUGCUUUCAGAGGAAACCUGAAGAUCGGCCAACAGCUCUGAUGUUACUUGAACAUCCGUUCCUAAGUAAUGCUAAUUCGCGUGAACAUAGUGCGACCGUUUCAGGUUGCUCAGAAGAUUUUUCUCGGAUGAAAUUACAUAGUCCAAGGGACUCAACAAACCAUAUUAUGGAAUUAAAUCUACUUUCACCAGGAAUAUCAUCUAGGCACGCAAAAUCUCCACAUAACGGCGAAACAAGUCACCAAUCGCAUUCUGUAACGUGUGAUUAUGGAGCAGCUUCUCACCACUCUCCUCGUUCUACACUAGAAAUACUUCCUAGUAUUUCUUCGCCAGAGCUGAAUCCUAGUUCAUCAAAUAUUCCCAAUAAUAAGUUUUCUCCUUGGUGAAAAUAGAAAGUGUUUAUAUUUCCCCAGGAUUCUAGGAAAGGAAAUCUCAAUCCUAUUACUUGUGUAUAUGAAAACUUGUGUACAUAUUAGGCUAGCUUGAUAGAGAAAAAAGGGCAUAACAAGUUGCAGUGUUUCUGCAUAUUGGAGUUGUUAUGCAGUGGAUUGAUCCUGUGUACAUCGACUAUAAUUGUGUUACCAUUGAUGUUUAUUUGAGCUAUUAAAGGCUUAUGCACACUGGCAAUAGAAUCAUGAAGAUGACAUCUA